ACUCUUGAAGAACUUAACUUAUACACGCAAAUCAAAAUCUAAGUUAGAUUUUUCAAGACUGGGCAAACUUUUAGCAACAUCUUCCUCAAUAUAAGUAGGCCAAAGCUGGUUUCAAGUCUUCAUUCAUUUUGGUAUCUGAUUAUUCUUUGAUUCUUGGAAAUGGAUGAAAGGUUAAAGAGAGCAGCUGAAACAGGAAACAUCGAUGCCUUGUAUUCAUUCAUCCACCACGAUGCCAAUGUUUUCAAGCGUAUAGAUGAGAUGGAGUUCGUGGAUACGCCAUUACACGUUGCUGCAGUUGCGGGCAAUACCGGUUUUGCAAUGGAGAUGAUGAACUUGAAGCCAUCGUUUGCCAGGAAACUGAACCCGGAUGGGUUUUCCCCCAUUCAUCUAGCCUUGCUCAAUCAACAAACCCAAAUGCUGCAGAGAAAAACAAAUUUGAAGCAUUUAAAGCGAUGUUGGAAUGGAUUCAACGGGCGUUUGAAGACAAUAAGUCUAAGAGAAGUGAAAUAAUGAACUAUCAGGAUAAGGAUGGCAACACUGUACUGCACUUAGCUGCAUCAAUUAACCACCCCCAGAUGAUCAAACUGUUGAUAGAAUGUGAAGAAGUGGACAAGAACGUGAUCAAUGACCGUGGUUUUACAGCAAUGGAUGUGUUACCAAGACAAACUGUAGCAGACAACAUGGAGAGUGUAAACAUCUUAAGCAGUAAUCCCUCCACGUUUCAAAAGUUGUCAAGUGUCAAAAUAUUGAAAGGUGCGAUAAAAGAGAUGAGAGACGAAACAGUGGGUGUAUUGCUCAUCGUAUUCGCGCUGGUUCUAACAAUGACAUACCAAGGAGUUCUCAGCCCUCCGGGCAGCGUUUUCCAGGGCGAUGCAACCGCAUCAACUAGUUCAAACCAUCGUGAAGGGAAAUCAGUGAUGAGGACCAGUAGUUUUCUUAUUUUCUAUAUUCCAAAUGGGGUGGCUUUUAUUAUAUCUUGGGGCAUAACAUUAUUAUUGUUGGAAUCAGUGGCUAAAAGUAUCAUGUCUUUUUUGUCGCGAAUUUACACAAUUGUGUGUUUCUGCUACGUGGCUGCUUUGUCAACUAUAGCACCUUCAACUAUUGUCUUUUUGGUCGUCGUUUGGACACAAACCAUCAUUUCUCCAUCACUUUGGUUCAUUUGGUCAAGUUAUCACCGUCGUUUCAGAAAAUAUUGAAAUGUAUGUGUCUAUCUAGUUUUAUUUGAUAUAUCAACUCAAGUUUAGGGAGUUAUAUGAUAAAAUUGUAACUUUUAGCUCAAUUUGGCAUUUUGAUAAUUAUGAUAAUAAUAAAAAAGAGUAUUUAUGUUCUUUUAAUAAA